AUGGGUAUCCCAAGUCACAAUCUGGACGACCUCGAGCAGCGGCGACUUGCCCUCGAAGACAACAUAUCCGAACUCCAGAAAUCCCUUUACCACUGGCGAACCUGGGAGGCAGAAUAUGAUGGCCUUCGAGAGGAAAUCAAGGAGCUGCACGAUGACGCCACUUCCGAUGACUUUCUCGCCGUUGCGCGCCAGUAUGAAGGAUCGCUGGUAAACGAAAAGGAAAUACGGGCCAUUCUUCGAACCCAAGCGGGCGUCACGCGAUCCCGUACCCAAGUGGUCGAUCUUCUCGGCAGACGGAUCGAUUACGUGAAGCAGAAUGCCACGACAAUCGAGAAGAGGCUUCGAAAAGUGGAAGAUGAGCUGUACACCUUGGAUUCGAACGAUCAGCCUCCUGCGGAUAUUUCUGGCAGUCAAGGAUUUCCCAUGAGUGAGAUCGUGGAAGAACUUGACGAGGACGGCAACGUGAUUUCCAGCUCAGUCAACACCCCUGGCGAUCAUGCGCCGGCCCUGCUAGAAGCCCUGAAGAAAGCUGGUGUCGAUGACAUCCCGGAGAUUGCUCAGCAAAGCGAGAGCAUCGCUGGAUCUAGCUCAGCUACCCGGGAAGAGAAGGCAGAUGCGGUGGAUAAGGAUACGACCAAAGAGCAGUCUGAAGUGGUGUCAAAUGGACACGUCGCUUCCUUCAAUGGAAACGAUAUAUCCCAGGAUGAGCUGGACCUGUCGAAACCAGUGUCGCUUGUCACGCCAGAGGAUCGCGCACAAUCCCCAGUGACCGAUAUCGACGAACCCGCCGACGAGGCAACACUUCGACGAGAAAUGCUGGAAUAUGGCAUCCACGAAGUCGGCGCAAUAGUUGCAGAGCUGGAACUUGACGAAGACGGCAGCGAAUUCUCUGUUUCAGACGACGAGUACGAUAUCGGCACUGAAGAGGAGGAGGAAGACGAGUUUGGUCGGUCACACCUCGAGUUGUCCGAGGAAUACCAUCGGCAAAUGCGGGAGUUGGAAGCCAAACUCAACGCUAGAGGCAUGACCAACAUGGGCAAAGAUACCAAUACCUUCCCCGAAGAAGUUCGACUGGAGAUUGAAAAUUUUGCCGCAGAGCCUGCCGGAGUGAACGGAGAUAACGAUGACGCUGCGAAGGAAAAGAAGCCAAAAAAGAAGGUCGCUUUCGCUGAUGAUCUGGAUGUCGCACCCACAUCCAAGCCCGCUGUGGUUGAGAAGAAGGGUCCUGCAUCCAAACCUCAGAUAAGCGUCCAGGUUCUCUCCGAUGCUAUCGUUGAGCGUACAGAGCAGCCAAAGGAGUCUCGCCCGACCCCAUCCAAUGGGCCCAAGAAGACUUCUCGCUUCAAGAGCGCUCGAGCAGUCGAUCCUGCAACCACCAGUGCCGAAUUACCCGCCAAACCUGCAUCUUCCCAGUUGGUCCCUCAGGUUUCCGAAACUCAGACCUCCCGGAAGCAAACCAACGGCCUCCCAUCAGCAACGCCUCCUGAUUUGUUCCCUGCCACUCCUCGCGAGCCGAAGCCUUUCUCCACGCCAAUCAUGGACAUUCCUGUCGGACCCUCAGCUCCCACACCCCCCGAGGGCAAGACCCUAGCUGAAAGGCUGGUCGAGCGAGAUAUUGCUCCUGGAUCCAUCACGGCUCCCGAACCAGACGAGUUGAACGAAGAGAUUCACCGCCGCGAGAUUGCUUCCGAGUUUUACAGAAUCCGGAACAGCAAGAUUCAACAGCAGGGUGGCUUCGUCAAUGAGGAAGAGCCGGAGUUCGUUCCCGUUGAAGAACCGGUCCAACGCGUGAGCAGAUUCAAAGCUGCGCGGCUGCGACCUUAG